AUGUUCUUCCACACCUCCGCAGACGCCCUCUUCAUCCCUCCCAAGACGAUUGACCCAAUAGGUUAUGGCAAGGUAGCAGUUGUCACCGGAUGCAGCUCGGGCAUCGGCCUGGCCUGCACCCAGCUCUUGCUGGCACACCAAUUUCAAGUCUGCGGUCUCGAUGCGCGCGAAUUCAACUACUCGCUUCUUCAGGAGUGUGAUCACGGCCGCUUCCACUUCCACCGAGCUGACCUGACGGAACCGCGAGCAUGCGAGGAUGGAGUUUACGCAUCAAUUUCGUCAUUCGGGAGGAGAAUCGACUUGCUCGUCAACGUUGCAGGUGUCAUGGAUAGUUUCAGCAGCGUGGACGGCGUCACAAACGCAGAAUGGGAUAGAGUAAUGGCAGUCAACCUGACGGCCCCGGUCAAAAUGAUGAGGUCUGUCCUGCCCUUCAUGAAGGAGAAGGGCACUGGUGCCAUUGUCAAUGUGUCUAGUACGGCUGGCCUGUCUGGGGCAGUUGCUGGCAUAGCGUAUACUUGCAGCAAACAUGGACUGAUUGGUGCUACCAAGAAUGUGGCAUGGCGCUUCCGUAAGGAGGGCAUCCGAUGCAAUGCUGUGCUUCCCGGUGCGAUUGACUCCCGUAUUGGAAAGGCCAUUGCCACGGGACAAGGCGAUGAAUUUGAUGUCGAGGCCCACGCCCAAGUUGAGCCAGUUCAUGCUUUGCAAACCCAUGCAUCAGGGUCGACGCCGGACAUAACGCCCCUCGAGGUUGCACAAGCGGUCAUUUACCUCGCCUCCGAUCAAGCACGAACCAUCAACGGAGUGAGCUUGCCUAUCGAUCAGGCCUGGGGUGUUGUGUGA